GCAGCUGCUGCUCUGAGGGCGUUUGGGGCACAAGGACAGAGGCUCACUGUGGGCAAAGACAGAGGUGAGGACAGUUUCUGCCCUAAAGAAAGGCAGAGAGGAAGAAGGACAAGCAGGGGCUGAGAGGCAGCAUGAUUUGAGCAUUCCCUAUGUCUAUUGAAGGGGACAGAGAGCAGUGCAAGGAGAUGUUUAGGGAUGAUGCUGAACAGGGGAGAUGCUCAGCUGAGUUCUACUGUCUCUCUGGGGCAUGGCUAUGUUUGGUGUCACUCCUGGAGUGCCUCUCUCUUCCAGCCAGACAGGAUCCAUCUGCCUCCAACAGAGCUGCCCCAGGAGCAAGGCAGCAAGUGAUGGCCAUCAUGAGACCGGGCCCUGAAGAUGCCUCCUCAGAGCCCCAGCUGGACCUGGGGAAGAAGAUGAGCACAACACACGACCUGAUGAUCGAGGAGCUUUCCCUGCCGAACAACCGCGGCUCCCGGCUUUUCCAGCAACGCCAGAAGCGGGUGCAGCGCUUUGUCUUUGAGCAUCCCAGUGGCUCCAGGCAGCUCCCAGGGCAAGGGGCAGGUGGCUCACACCACGCUGGGAAAGGUGAUCCAGAAGGAACAGUGAAUGAACAGAUGGCAGGGGAGAAUGCUGGGGGCCAGGAGAAUUAUCACUCUGAGCUCCACGUAGCAGCAUCACCCCAAGGUGGCCCCCCAGAAGUACCCAAGAAGUCAGAGAAGGUCUUGCACAUGAGCAAAGUCCUGAACCCCAGUGCCCUGGCCCCAGGGUACUCAAGCCCCCUCAAAGAAAUCCCCCACGAGAAGUUCAAUGUCACCGCCAUCCCCAAGGGUUACCGAUCCCCAUGGCAGGAGCUCUUUGGUGCCAGGGACGAUUCCGUGCAUGGCAAGAACCCGCCACCCAUGAGACCCCCUGCGUGGGACUUCAGGAGCUUCAACAGGACACCAGCCCCGUUUGACAGGGCGUUGGUUGGUGAGCUGUUCUCUUUGCCCACCGUAGAGCUGGAUAACCUGAGUGUGCUGGAGGUGAUUUCCCACAGGCCCAACUUCAACCGGGUGGCCCAAGGCUGGGUGCGGAUCCUGCCGGAGAGCGAAGAGCUGUAGGAUGUGCGCUCCCUUCCCCAUGGCCACGGAUGGUUCCCUCACUGGACUCGG